AAAAUAAUUUACAUCCGCAUAACAAUACCGAGAAACUUUAGUAGCAGUUGAGUUGUGCACACAGAGUCUAAUUAGGAGAAAUACUGUUUAGACUCAUCAUACCUGACCAAUGUUUUACUCUAAUUGCCAUCUUACCGCACAGUUAUUACCCGACCACUUUUGUCCUCCAAUGGUUAUAUACUGUAGGUGUGUGUUAAUUGACAAACAACCCGUGUGACUGUCAACAAAGUCGAGCGAUGGCGAUGACACAGGAUUGACCCUUGGUGAAUCCAUAAACCUCCUUUUUAAACUGGCUAGUUAAAAACUACCCUCUGCCCUAUGGUCAGCUCUAGUCAAUCAUUAUUCACUCAGUACACAGGCUCUGGUGUAAUGCAGCUGACAUAGUGACUGGCUUAUGGUUUGGGGAGCAGUUUUGUCAGUUCUUAAAAGAGCUUCAGGUUUUCCAGGCACAGUGUGCAGGUGUUAAGCAGCCCUCUUCCUCUGGUGUGGACAGUUUUAUUGGUUUAUGGCUCAGAUUCUUGCUCUCACACGUUCUCUUCACCUGUGGCAUCCACUGCGGGUGGGGUUUGCAUCAUUACGCUCUCGUAGGAUGUCAUCAUUAGAGACGCGAGCCCGGGCUGUGUUUUCUGCGGCGGUUGAAGGUGUGCAGCCAGACAAAGUGGUCUGCAGGAGUCUGGAGCGACAUGGAGACAAACUGCUUGUGGGUGGUCAGAGUUUCACUCUUAGUAAUAACCUUUAUUUGGUGGGCUUUGGUAAGGCUGUGCUUGGGAUGGCAGCAGAAGCAGAGAGGAUUGUAGGGGACCAUCUGAUUAAAGGGGUGGUCAGCGUGCCGCAUGGUAUACAGAAUACACUACAACAUCAUGGGAAAGAGAAGAUGCUGCUUGAGAAUAACAGUAGAAUUACAGUGAUGGAAGGAGCAAAGCACAACUUACCAGAUGCAGAUGCCCAGAGGUCAGCAGAGUGUAUUCGAGAGCUGGCCAGUGGUCUGACUGAGAAAGACCUGCUGCUUGUGCUCAUCUCUGGUGGUGGUUCAGCUCUGUUACCUGCUCCGGCCCCACCCAUGUCCUUGCUGGAGAAACAGGAUGUGACACGGCAACUUGCAGCAGCAGGGGCCACAAUUCAGGAGCUUAAUACAGUGCGACGAGCUCUGUCCCUGUUAAAGGGUGGAGGACUUGCCCAAUGUGCCUACCCAGCCCAGGUGGUCGCAUUGAUUCUAUCAGAUGUCAUUGGAGAUCCUCUGGAUUUGAUAGCCAGUGGUCCUACAGUUGGGAGUGACACAUGGCCAGAGGAGGUCUGGACUAUCUUGGAUCAUUAUAAGCUUUCUGACUUACUCCCUUCCUCUGUGAAAGAGGUGCUUAGUAAAACUGGCCCCAGUAGGGGUACACAGGUGCAUGAAAAGCCACAAGAGGUCAAAAACCAUGUUUUAAAUGUUGUGAUUGGUUCAAACACCAUUGCUCUUGAAUGUGCAAGCCGUAAGGCCAGUGAAUUAGGACUUCGACCUGUCAUUCUAUCUCCAGGGGUAUGCGGUGAUGUUUGCUCUGUUGCCCGCCUAUAUGGCCUGCUUUUGUGGUUUGCAUGUUCCCCAGGAAAGGAACCUCCUCCAGAGCUUGCUGCACAGAUCCUUCAGCUAGGGCCAGAGGUUGGGAUAGAGAGCUGGGACCUGUGUCGCACCAUGCAGGUGCUUGAAGAGGAGAGGAAGGAAGGUUGGGGCGCUACCUGUCUGCUGGCUGGAGGAGAGCCAACUGUGCAAUUGACCGGAAAGGGCAGGGGAGGCAGAAACCAGGAGUUAGCCCUGCGGGUGGGGCUUGAGCUUAGUGGUGGAGAAGUGAAGAGUGGUGCAGUGUUCCUCAGUGGAGGAACCGAUGGGCAGGAUGGCCCCACUGAUGCAGCUGGUGCAGUCACUGAUGGGAACCUGAUGGAAGAGGCCAUAACUCAAGGUCUGGACAUUGAUGGCUUUCUAACAAAUAAUGAUUCAUUCACAUUUUUCUCUAAGCUCUCUGGAGGAAGAAGAUUACUUUUGCCUGGACUGACAGGCACCAAUGUAAUGGAUGUGCAUGUAAUGCUGCUGCCACCACCACCCCAAUGACACUGCUGGUGAUUUGACUAUAGAUAGAUGGAUGGAUGAAUAGAUUAGUAUGCCGCAAGUGCACUAUUCCAUUAAAUUGUUAGAAGAAAAGUAUAAUUCUAAGCAAACCCAAAUUGUAAGAUUUCUCAUUAUAGCAUAUAUUUUCAUAACAAAGUAAUUUCUUGUACAUAACAGCUAACAAUAUCUGCAGUGUCACUUUUACCACUUUAAAGUCAUGAAAUCAGCUUAAAUUGACCGUAUUUAAGGUUUUCAUUCACAAUCCUCGUCUUUUUGUGCACGAUUCAUCAGUGCAUGUUAUUCCAAAAUAAUACAUUAAAAAAAGUUUGGUUUUGUAAUCUUUAAUCAAAA